AUGCAGGCAAGGCAAACGCAAACGAGACAGUGGCUCACAGACCAGUACAGUGGAAACGACGUACCAAUGGAGAAUCCCACUGCACUAUGCAUUACAAAGUGUGCACCCAUGAAACGCUACGCAUGUUCAGAGGCAGAACAAACGUCAGCUGCAUCGUUUAUAUGGCAAACAGAAUCCAUGGAACACCACCAUCCUUAUAUUGGAAAUAUCACGACGGGUGAACUGGGAUGUGAAGAAAGACAACCAAGUUGUUGGGGUGAUGAUCGUUGCGUGAACCUAAAUGACGUCAGUGUUACAACAUCAACCACUGCAUCCAAAUCCGCUUUCCCCAUAACGAAAAUGAACGCGGUUAAGCCACCAUAUUCUUACAUCGCACUAAUUACAAUGGCUAUUCUCCAUUCCCCACAGCGCAAGCUAACACUUUCAGGGAUCUGCAACUUCAUCAUAGAACGGUUUCCCUAUUAUCGCGAGCGGUUCCCAGCUUGGCAAAAUUCAAUACGUCACAACCUGAGUCUGAAUGACUGUUUCAUCAAAAUACCGCGGGAACCGGGAAAUCCAGGAAAGGGUAACUACUGGAUUCUGGAUCCCAAUUCUGAAGACAUGUUUGAUAAUGGAAGCUUCCUGAGGCGUCGAAAACGGUACAAACGAUUACAGCUGAAAUCUAGUUUAGCAUCUAUUCACGAAGCCAACGGCUCCAAUAGUACGGACGACUCCUUAAGUAACGCCAUUUCCGGAAAUAGGGCUUAUUCGCUACAGGACAUGGAAAAUUCUAUGUUGCCGAAUCUUCACCCAGUAUCCUCAUCGAGCCAGCCGAACGAAAGUGUCCCCACAAUGAAGCAACCAGUUUGUACAAGUUUCCUACGGAGUUGCCAUCCCAACUUCAUUGUACCACACCCAUCGUUUCUGUUGUUUCAUUUCAGAAACAUGUGUGGCAACAAUGAGCCAACUCCGUGUCACCACAGGUACAAUUCAAGGCUCCCUCUUCACUUGGCUAAUACUGUAGCUUGGAGACCAGGCCAGUCAUCAAUAACCAUCAGUGAAUUGUCUGCAUCUGGCCCACCAAAGUUACCGGGACCAGUGAACUACCCUGUGAGCUUAAGUGACCGGUACUCACCAGGGAAUGAUCUUCUCAGACCAGAUCAACUCGGAGUGGAUGAACAUUCUUCCAAUACUGCCACAACUGAAAGAUUUUCUAUUCAAAAUCUUCUGGGCACAGCAACUUAG